ACGAGAAUGAGAACGUCGAGAGAAGAAAUAAUGCAAGCGGCGAGUCAGGACUGAAGGAAAGCUUAAUGAAACGAGAAGUGCAGCAGUUUUUUAUUUCCAAAGCAAUGCCUCUGUGAAAACGUUCGUUGCGGAUGCACAAGGGUUCUCUCGUUCUUGCGCACUCAUUUGAUCCUCCUGCGUGCGCCGCCAAGCGGCUGCUCAUCGAACUAGUAGACAUCGUGGAAAGCUCAUUGGGCCGCGCGCGGCUAUGUUCAUCCUGUAACCGUCUCGCGCACGACACUGGCAGUCUUCUAGGUCACCGGCCGUCAUGGCCGCCGCCGUCCGUCGCUGUCUCCUCGAUAAUCCCUUGUCGCCUGGGCCUCUUUGUCGUCUCACGCCCCAUAAAUACAUGGAAACUCAUAGCUGCGGCUGCUCGGUCACGCUUCGCGUCCGACCUUACCUUUCUUCUUCCGAGUUAGCUACGCUUCCACCAGCAGUCAACGAACCCUCACCACAACGUGUACCAACCUCCUGUCCUUUAACCGUCUACGCAGGUAAAUUCCCACUGGGGUCUGGCAGCUCUACCAACCCUAUGGCUCUGCCGAUUUCUUCAAUUACCAAGGACGUCAGGACCGGUUUAAUUGCAUCCAGGCAGAAGAUUGGUCCGGUGCAUCCUGAAUACAUUCUUACACGCCAUCCGUCUGUACCACUGCACUGUUAUGCUAUUAAAUAAAUUAUUCAGCUAAUUGCUGUCGCUAAGCAACCAACGUGGAACUACUACCGGGAGGAGUGAACUGUCGUGCCGACAAUUGUACAGUGACGUAUGUAUGUUACAUGGCUGGUGGAUAUUGUUACUGCACGUUGGAUGCACACGCGAUGUAUUAAGGAUGCACUUGUCGUUAUGAUUCGAUGUCAAAUCGUACGUGGGUCUGUGUAUUAAUUAGAGACUUUUUAAGUUAACGAAUUAUGAAUUGGAAUUGAUUUUUAAAGGAACCGAGUCAUACGAAAAUUUAGUUGGUUUUGUAAAAACGCUCCCGUAAAUUGGUCGCUCGUUACAUGAAUUGCAAUUUCCUAGAAUAGCUACGCAGCGCGAUACUCGUUCGGAGCGCUGAAGCGCUGCCGGCUUUUGCCGCGCGGGGCGCCCUUGUCGCUCUAGCUUAUUCAAAUGGUCUAACAUGUGUAGCUUCGCUCGCAACGCGCUGUAAGCCAGCGUAGAAUCUUGUCGCGGACAUUGCUAUUCGGCAUUGCUGUCGACGCUAGUAAAGUCGCUGGUUGCGUUACGGGUACGCGGAUGGGACCGACGAGUGAACGUAGCAAUUAAGAAUAGUUGCCGGGAGCAACGAGUAAACCAGCUACGAUUGAAUUCAGCGUAGUGUAAAAAAAGGAAUAGAAAAAUUGCACAAGACUCAAGACAAGAGGUUAUCAUCGAUUAUGUGUAUUAGCAUUUUUUUUAACUCCAAAAAUGGUUUUACGAGUCCAAUCGGAUUCCCAUAUCAACCUUAGAACUGUAUUCGGGGUAUGAAAAUAGCAGAGAAAAUUUUUAGAAAAAAAUUUGAAAUUCCGAUCGGUAAGGUAGAUUAUCGGUAUCCGUAUACUAAACCAUAACCUGUAUAACGUAUAAGGACAGACUUGAAAAUUGAGUCAGACUAUAUCCAUGGGAUCAAUAAAUGGUCUAUGCAUAUCGCGAUGAAGCAAUCCUUUUUUUUUG